AAGUAGAGGACGCAGGAAGCUAUUCCUUGCAACAGCUGCUCUGCUACUGUUAUAUAAUUAAUAUUGCACUAGGAACAGACGCAACAGUAAUUUGUUUUAAUGAUAUCCAUAGAGUUCAGAGAGAGGAUUACACUGUGUAUAGACAAGCUAGAAAAAGUAACACAAUCUACAGGAACUAGAACAACCCUCUCCACCCAUUUGCUCCUCCCUUCAGUUAGCACUACCGGUGAACAUGGCUGCUGUUCCUUCAGCUGCUGCAGCUGCUCAGGACGAGCUGAAUCAACUUGAGCGCGUGUUCCUGCGCCUUGGACAUGCAGAAACAGAUGAACAGCUCCAGAGUAUUAUUUCAAAGUUCCUGCCUCCAGUGCUGCUCAAGUUAUCGAGCGCCCAGGAAGGUGUACGGAAGAAGGUAAUGGAGCUCCUUGUUCACCUAAAUAAACGGAUCAAGAGUCGUCCCAAGAUACAGCUACCAGUGGAGACCUUGCUAGUGCAAUACCAGGACCCUGCUGCUGUUUCUUUUGUGACGAAUUUUACAAUAAUUUAUAUAAAAAUGGGUUAUCCACGAUUACCAAUUGACAAGCAAUGCGAACUCGCCCCGAGCCUCCUAACUGCAAUGGAAGGCAGACCCCAACCUCAGCAAGACAGCCUUAUGCACCUUCUAAUACCAACACUUUAUCACAUGAAAUACUCUACUGAAGCAUCAAAAUCCUCCUCACAUUUUAACCUUGCUGAGAAACCAAAGACUGUGCACUUGCUUUUGGACUUUAUGUUGGACGUCCUUCUGAUGCCUUAUGGUUUUGUGCUUACUGAGCCACAGAGUCGUCAAAGUGCACAAUCCGGGCAGGGGUCCUCAACUCCAAGCAGCGCUGGUGGUGUUGGAAUCCCUCAGCCCCCUCCAGGCCUGAGCUUCUAUUCAGCAAAACGUGUUAUAGGAGACAACCCAUGGACAGCAGAACAACUAGAGCAGUGCAAGCUGGGAAUAGUAAAGUUCCUUGAGGCUGAAGAGGUUCCAGAGCUGGAAGCCGUCAUCCAUUUGGUAAUUGCAUCGAGUGACACACGGCAUAGUGUAGCUACUGCUGCAGAUCUGGAGCUGAGGAGCAAGCAGAGCUUAAUUGAUUGGAAUGAUCCGAUUAUUAUUAACAAAAUGUACAAAGUUUAUCUGGGAGACAUUCCACUUAAAACAAAGGAGGGGAAUUUGUUGAAGCCAGAACUCAAGAGAGAUCCUGUCAGUACUCGUGUCAAGUUAAAGAUUGUGCCUCACCUUUUACGAUCCAGGCUAGCAGCAGAGUUAUUUCCAUCAAACAUACAGGUGGUGUAUGAUGGGCUAUUUGGUGGAAACACAAAUGCCAAAUUACGGACCUUAUCUCUGCAGUUUGUGCACCACAUCUGUUCUGCUUGUCCUGAUAGUAAAAUUAAACCACUUGGCCCGAUGUUGCUUAAUGGACUCACCAAGUUAAUCAAUGAAUACAAAGAGGACCCUAAGUUGCUGUCUGUGGCAUAUUCAGCUGUUGGAAAGCUCUCUGGACGUAUGCCUCAACUAUUCACUAAGGAUCUAGCACUUGUGCAGCAGUUUUUUGAAGCCUUGCGCAAGGAGGAUAUGGAUGUCAGACUGUCCAUACAGGAAGCCUUGUCUAUGAUGGUCAAUGCUUACACUCAUUUAGAGGGGGCUCAGCUGACCCUUAUGGAAGCGCUUGUGGGUUCAUACCUUGUGAAGCCAGAAGUGCAGGUUCGUCAAGUGGCAGUAAAGUUUGCAAGCAGUGUUUUUUCUCCUGAUCACAUCCCUUCAAGAUAUUUGCUGUUGCUGUCAGCAGGAGACCCACGUGAGGAGGUGUAUGGGGAGGCACAGAGGGCCCUCAGGACCUUUUCUGCAAGCGGGGAAAAAGAUGGCCCACAUCAAAAACUUCCGUCCUUCCCAGUGAUGGUCCAGCAUAUUGUGGAAAAGGCUUAUCACCGGAUGAAAUCUCCUGUCAAUUUUGUGAAUACAACCUCCGUUCUCCCAUUUAAUCCAGCUGCAUUUUUAGAGAUAAUCCUGUACCUGAGGAUGUGUCUGGCACACAGUGCAGGAGUGACUCCCACAACCCAGUCAUUAGCAGACAUGCAAGACCAGGCCCCUGCUAUAGGUCGCUACAUAAGGGAGCUGGUGUCCAGCAAUAUCCCCACAACAGGGUCUCCCUCUGCAAAAACUCAAGAUGCCAACCCAGUAGAGAUGUACAUAGGCCUUCUCCAUCAGUUACUGUCGUCAUCUGCAGGAUUGCAGGUAAUGUACUGCCUUCUUGAAGUAGUCUCGGUCUGUCCCCAGAAGUUGGCUGUCAGUUUAGCAGAUAAAACAGACUGGAUAAAGGGUCUGAUGAUUUCAAGCAAAGAAGAAAUGCGUGAGCUUGCAUCACAGCUUUAUGCAGUUGUUAUUUCCACUGUAUCGGCUGCUGAACUAAAGUCUAAACUUCAGUAUCUACUUAAGAUGGCAAAGGAUAACAGUAAUCCUGAGGCCCAGCAUGGAUGUUUGCUAGCUCUGGGAUACCUAAUCGGAAGGUGCUUGGCCAAGUACAAUAGGAAAGAUUUAGAAUUGGUAGAAGUGUCAAAACCUGCUCUAGAUAUUGUGCAGGAUGAAAUCUUCAAGACUUGCACAGAAACUAUUGGUUCACUUUUAGAUAAUGCGUCUCCUAUGUUAGCCAUUGCUGCCACUACUGCUCUGGGCGAGAUAGGAAGGAAUGGGCCACUCCCUGUUCCAGAUGAAGGACCUGGGCUUUCCAAACAGCACUUUGUUGAAACCCUGCUGGCCCGAAUACCCUCUGGAAAGGAGACAAACAAGUCCAAAGAACGAGCCAUAAGGACCUUGGGUUACUUUCCUGUCGGGGAUGGUCAUUUCCCCCAUCAGAAGAUGCUUCUUCAAGGGCUUAUGGAGUCAGUCGAAGCAAAGCAAGUGGAACUUCAGUUCACAGUAGGAGAAGCAAUUACAAACGCUGCUGUUGGCACAACGUCUUCAGCUGCCCGGGAUGUUUGGAUCAUUGCAGAGGAGGCGUUCAGUCCUCUCGCUGGUGUUCAUGUAAAUGAUGUGGUUCCCUGGGUUCUAGACCAGAUUUUGAACAAGCAUGUAUCAAGCGUAAAUCCACAUGUCAGACAAGCUUCUUGCAUAUGGCUCUUGUCCCUGGUGAAAAAGCUUAACACGCAUCAAGAAAUCAAGUCUAAGCUGAAGGAGAUUCAGAGUGCCUUUGUAUCCAUUCUAUCUGAAAAUGAUGAACUUAGCCAAGAUGUUGCAUCGAAAGGUCUUGGGUUGGUAUAUGAACUGGGCAGUGAGCAAGACCAACAGGAGCUGGUGUCCACUCUUGUUGACACUCUCAUGACUGGGAAAAGGGCUAAGCAUGAAGUUUCUGGGGACACAGAGGUUUUUCAGGGUACCUCCCUCGGCAAAACUCCAGAUGGGCAGGGCUUGUCUACGUACAAAGAGCUGUGCGCUCUGGCCAGUGACCUUAGCCAGCCAGAUCUCAUAUAUAAGUUCAUGAAUUUGGCUAACCAUCAUGCUAUGUGGACCUCACGAAAGGGAGCUGCUUUUGGAUUCAAUGUGAUAGCUUCUAAAGCAGGGGAACAACUUGCUCCAUUUUUGCCCCAACUGGUUCCUCGACUUUAUCGCUAUCAGUUUGACCCCAACACUGGAAUUCGCCAGGCUAUGACUAGUAUUUGGAAUGCUCUGGUCACAGAUAAAGGAACAGUUGAUAAGUACUUGAAUGAAAUUCUUCAAGAUUUGAUUAAUAACUUAACAAGCAACAUGUGGCGGAUACGGGAAUCAAGCUGUUUAGCUCUAAACGACUUACUGCGUGGGCGCCCAUUGGAUGAUGUUGUUGACAAACUUCCUGAGAUAUGGGAGACCCUCUUCAGAGUUCAAGAUGAUAUAAAGGAGUCUGUCCGAAAAGCUGCAGAACUGGCCCUGAAAACAUUAAGCAAGGUGUGCAUUAGGAUGUGUGAACCGAGCAAAGGAGCAGCGGGACAACAUACUAUAGCUGUGCUUCUGCCAUGUCUGCUAGACAAGGGAAUGAUGAGCUCAGUGACUGAAGUCCGAGCUCUGAGCAUCAACACACUUGUUAAAAUCAGCAAAAGUGCAGGAGAGCUGCUAAAACCUCAUACACCAAAACUUAUCCCUGCUCUGUUAGAGUCUCUAAGUGUCCUGGAACCUCAGGUUCUUAACUACCUGAGUUUAAGAGCUACAGAUCAAGAGAAGACAGCAAUGGAUAGUGCGAGACUGAGUGCAGCAAAAUCAUCCCCAAUGAUGGAAACUAUAAAUAUGUGCAUACAACACCUCGAUGUUCUUGUCCUUGGAGAGCUGGUCCCAAGACUGUGUGAAUUAAUCAGGAGUGGCCUUGGUCUGGGCACUAAGGGUGGAUGUGCGAGCGUCAUUGUGUCUUUAACAACACAGUGUCCUCAGGACUUGAUGCCUUAUUCAGGUAAACUGAUGAGUGCUUUAUUAAAUGGGCUAAGUGACCGGAACAGUGUUGUGCAGAAGUCGUAUGCAUUUGCCUUGGGACAUUUAGUUCGGACAGCAAAGGAUAGCAGCACUGAAAAACUACUGCAAAAGCUUUCUACUUGGUACAUGGAAAAGGAGGAGUCGGCAUACAGGAAUGGUUGCACAUUAACUGUUCAUGCCAUCAGUCGCUACAGUCCAGAUGUAUUGAAGAACCACGCUGAACUGGUACUGCCACUGGCCUUUCUUGCUAUGCAUGAGGUUAAUGAUGAAGAGAAAGCAGAAAAGGAGGAUUCGAACCUUUGGAAAGAAGUAUGGCAGGAAAAUGUGCCAGGUAGUGUCAGUGGUGGAAUUAGACUAUACAUGAAGGAGUUGAUCGAUAUCACCAAUAAGGCCUUACAGUCAGCAUCUUGGAAGAUGAAAGCCCAGGGAGCGGCUGCCAUGGCCUCCAUUGCAAAGCAACAAACCGGUUCCCUCGUGCCUCCUCACCUUGGUAUGGUACUCGGCUCUCUUCUGAGGGGAUUGCCAGGAAGAACAUGGUCAGGGAAGGAUGAGUUACUAAAAGCUAUUGGAACAGUGGUUUCAGCGUGUAGUGAACAGCUGAAAAAUUCCACUCCAGAUCAGCCCUCUAUAGAUGAAGUUGUUCAAGCAGUAUUGAAGGAGUGUCGGAAGGAGAAUGUUAAGUACAAGAUAAGUGCACUAAAAUGUGCCGCUGAUGUUCUGGAGUCCACAAAGGAGGAUCAUUUCCAUGACUUGGCAGAAAUCCUCUUUCCUCUCAUAAAAAAGAAUUCCCUUGAAACAGUUGGAGCUCGUACUCCAAAAGAUGAAAAUGAUGAUGAGAAUGUAAAGACAAAAGAGCUGCAAAUGGAGUCUUUGUUGUGUGCCUUCUCAACCCUAGGAAAAGCCUGGCCCAGGAACGCAGAAACACAGUGUUGUUAUCGGUUUGAGGUUUGUAAGUUAAUGUGUGAAAGACUAAAACUUAGCACCUGGAAGGUCCAGCUUGGAGUACUACAGUCAAUGAACUCAUAUUUUCAAGGGUUGCUGCUGUUAGAAAAAGAAUAUUCAGACAGUAAUGCCCUGACAGAAAUCCUCACAGAAGCCUGCCCGGCAAUAACACAUUCUAUAGAAAAUAAAAGCUAUUCAUCUGUAAGAACUGAAGCCCUGUCUGUAUUAGAACUACUGCUUAAAAAACUUGAAGAUUCUGAACAGUGGAGAAGCCUUACACUCGAGAGCAGAAACACCCUUAUUACAUCUUUAUCUGCUAUGGAACAGGACAGCCGGCCAGAGUUACGAGAAAAAGGAUUAUUACUGAAGAAAAAACUUGAGAAUUUAAAUUAAAGUCUGUGCAGUGUAAUUCAACCCAAAUAUGUGCCGUGUACGUUGCAAAUAACUCAACAUGAGAUUACAUUUAUUCUGUAGCAUGCAUCAUUCCAUGGCCAAAUAAAGAUUUCCAUAAAUUAUAUUCAAUCCAACAUCACUGUGCAUUUUUAUAAGUCAUUUAGAACUGCAAAAACUAUCAAUACACUGUCAUUUUUCUUUGUUUAACAGUUACUUAGCUAUUUUUUUCAAGUAAAUGGUCAAAAGUGCUUUUUUUUUCUUCCCAAUAGUGAUUUGCAAAGAGAUUGCUGUCGUUUCAGUUUGAAACUGAUGGUGGUAAAGAGAGACUCCUUUUUUUUUAACGGAACCGGUUUCAUAUUUUUUCCUUCUUAAACUGGUUUUCUAUCUUUUUGAAUGUUUCCUUUGUAAAGGUUUUCACCGGUAAUCUACACACCAAUUUUUUUUGCUUUUAACAAAACCUAAAACUGCAGUAAAAUAUUUUUCAGGUGUAUUUGCAAUGCUAAGUUAUAGAUUUUAAGUAAUUGUUCAAAUUGACAAAUUCCCUUUUAUGGGAGAGUACCACCAGGGUUAAUAAUGUACUGUAUAAUUUGGGAAAUAUGGUAAAAUGUGUGUUUAUAUUAAAAAAAACUGACUUUCA